GACAUUUGAAUUAGCUGUAGCAGAAGAGAGAUGGAGGAGCCAUAGAAUAUUAAGGAUGAAUUCAGGAAGGCCUGAGACCAUGGAAAACUUGCCUGUACUCUAUACUAUUUUUCAAGGAGAGGUUGCUAUGGUGACAGACUAUGGAGCCUUUAUCAAAAUCCCAGGCUGUCGGAAGCAAGGUCUGGUCCAUCGAACUCACAUGUCAUCCUGUCGAGUGGACAAGCCUUCUGAAAUAGUAGAUGUUGGAGACAAAGUGUGGGUGAAGCUUAUUGGCCGAGAGAUGAAAAAUGAUAGAAUAAAAGUGUCCCUCUCCAUGAAAGUUGUCAACCAAGGAACUGGGAAAGACCUCGAUCCCAACAGUGUUAUCAUUGAGCAAGAAGAGAGGCGGAGGCGCUCCUUCCAGGAUUACACUGGGCAGAAGAUCACCCUCGAGGCUGUCCUGAACACCAUCUGCAAAAAGUGUGGCUGCAAAGGCCACUUUGCAAAAGACUGUUUCAUGCAGCCAGGUGGAACCAAGUAUUCUCUGAUUCCUGAGGAGGAAGAGGAAAAAGAAGAGGCAAAGGAAGAAGGAAUUGAGAAGCCUGAUCCCACAAAGAAUUCUUCCAGAAAAAGAAAAAAGGAAAAGAAGAAAAAGAAACACAGAGACAGGAAGUCAUCUGACUGCGACAGCUCCGAUUCUGAGAGUGAUAUGGGCAAGAAGGCCAGGCACGCAUCAAAGGACAGCAAGGCUCCAAAGAAGAAAAAGAAGAAGAAGCACAAGAAGCACAAAGAAUGA